AUGGUAUCCGCCGCCUCCCUUAACAUUAUGGAAACAUCAGCAGAACAUACCAAAGAAGAGCCUCGAAAACUGGAGCAACCCACCGGAAUGGACGUUACUUCUACUACACAGGACAUAGCUCCGGCUGAUGCCGCUCGUGAUGAGUCAUCGCCGAUGGCUGUCCCAGAACAAAUAGUGGUGGACCGUAGUAGUAGCAGCAGUACCAAGAAAGAUCGUUCUCAUCGCCGCAAAAGUCGCAAGAGCAGCAGCAGCAACAAAGAAAAAGACAAGGUCGCCGCAAAACGCAAAUCUAGCAGCGGCAAGCACAAGAAACGCCGCGAGAGCAGCGGCAAUGGCGAGACCAAGGAACAACGCCGCAGCCGACGACGCAGUCGCAAGAGCAGCAAGAGCUCGGAUCCCGAUCCCAACGACCCUGCUACCAUUGCCAAGAGUCGUGAGCUGCUGCUGGCAGCCAUGGGGGUCAAGAAGCAACCGGAUAUUGAACCAUGCUUUGUCUCUGCCAAGACCAGUUUAGACAGCAACCCAGUCUAUCAGAGGAACAAAGAGCGCCUCGCCAAGAGUGUCUCGGAAUCGCAUCUUUCGACCGCUCACUCCGAGGCAGAAUUCAGCUUUGUGGCGGGAGCUCAACCCAUGGAAACUUCCCGCUCCACCGAUAAUCUCUCCACACUUGCCGUGGCGCCCCAUCAACAUCAUGGAGAUGACUCGCACAAUAGCGAGUACGACCAAUUUGUGGACUUUUAA